UGCACGGGGGCUUGGUUUCCUCGCUCCAUGAGGGCGGACCUCAUAAUUUGCGGGCGGUUGCGUAGCCCAGGCUGACCGCUCCCGGCCCAGGGAGGGUGGGCUGUGCCUCCCCCCAGCAUGUCGGUGGACUAAGGACACCGCUCCGGGGACUGGGUCCCGGGAACGGAGCCCACGGCCUGCGACACAGGGUCCCGGCGACCUCCCUGUACAGACCCUGUGGCACCGCUCAUCUUCUAGCGUCCUUCCCAGGACUUUGCCCUAAUCGAUCCUGUCGAUGUGUUUUGUUUUAAUCAAAGGACUCACACUUUUUAAUAUAAGUGUCUCCUGUCACUGUUCUGUCUCCUGAUUUGUUUUGGAAGCUGGGUUUUUGUCGCCUGACCUGCGUUUGCAGACGUGUCCCCUAAGGUGUUUGCAAUGGCUGCCGCUGUGAACUUAGAACUUGAUCCCAUUUUUUUGAAGGCACUAGGCUUCUUACAUUCAAAGAGUAAAGAUUCUGCAGAAAAGCUAAAAGCACUGCUUGAUGAGUCUUUGGCUCGGGGCAUUGAUUCAAGUUAUCGUCCAACUCAGAAGGAUGUGGAACAACCCAAAAUUUCAAGUGUAAAAUCUAUUUCUAUUAAACAAGAACCCAAAACAUCAGCUGGCCUUCCUUCUGGCAAUAAUAAUGGCAAAGUCCUCACAACUGAAAAGAUAAAGAAGGAAGCUGAGAAGAGACCUGCUGAUAAACUGAAAUUAGAAGUCACUGAAGGAGUUGAUAUUCCAAAGAAACCAAGAUUGGAGAAACCUGAGACACGAUCCUCUCCCAUUACUGUCCAAACCAGCAAGGAUCUAGCUAUGGCUGACCUUUCCAGUUUUGAAGAGACAAGUGCUGAUGAUUUUGCCAUGGAGAUGGGAUUGGCUUGUGUUGUUUGUAGGCAAAUGACGGUGGCAUCUGGUAAUCAAUUAGUAGAAUGUCAGGAGUGCCAUAAUCUCUACCACCAAGAAUGCCAUAAACCCCAAGUGACAGACAAGGAAGUGAAUGAUCCUCGCCUGGUGUGGUAUUGUGCGCGAUGUACCAGACAAAUGAAAAGAAUGGCUCAAAAAACUCAAAAACCACCACAGAAACCAGCCCCUACCGUUGUUUCAGUAGUUCCAGCUAUCAAGGAUCCGUUAGUUAAGAAACCAGAAACUAAACUCAAACAAGAGACGACUUUCCUAGCAUUCAAAAGAACAGAAGUCAAGACAUCCACAGUUAUUUCAGGAAAUUCUUCUAGUAACAAUGUUUCCUCUUCAGUAACUAGUGGCCUAACUGGGUGGGCAGCUUUUGCAGCCAAAACUUCCUCUGCUGGUCCAUCAACAGCUAAAUUGAGUUCAACAGCACAAAAUAAUAGUGGGAAACCUACUACCUCAUCAGCUACCCAGAAGCCUGUGGGUUUGACUAGUCUGGCAACAUCAACCAAAGGUGGAAUCAGUUCCAAAAUAGGUUCCGGUACCAGCACCUCUCCCACUGUACCACUGAAGCCACUUCCACCUCUAACCCUGGGGAAAACAGGCCUUAGUCGCUCAGUUAGUUGUGACAAUGUCAGCAAAGUAGGUCUUCCAAGUCCCAGUAGUUUGGUUCCAGGAAAUAGCAGCCAACUGAGUGGGAAUGGAAAUAGUGCUACCUCAGGGCCCAGUGGAAGUGCCACCAGCAAAACCACUUCAGAAUCCAGCAGCACUCCCUCAGCAUCUCUCAAAGGUCCAACUUCACAAGAGUCACAGCUUAAUGCUAUGAAGCGAUUGCAGAUGGUCAAGAAGAAAGCUGCCCAGAAGAAACUCAAGAAGUGAGUUAUAGGCUAUUACUCUAGAGAUUAAAACAUUCCUUAUAGGACAUAGCUUGUAACAUACUAUAAUUUAAUAAAAAUCUUGAUAAUU